GUUUCUUCCCUUUUCCUCUCGAAUCGAAAACCAAUUCUCCCUCCCUCUCUCCCAAACCCUACCCUAAAAAAAUUUGCCCAAAUCGCCAUUUCGAUUUCCAUCGAUCAGACCGUAAAAUCGCUCCGUCGAAGUUCUAGGGUUUCCGUUUCCGAUUAUCGAAUCCACCACCUGCGAUGGCGGCUUCGUGUUUCGGUUGAUUUAUCGGAAACGGAGAGAGAGCUGAUUAAGCGCGGUUGGUUGUUUGAGCUGAAUGGCGGAAGCUUCCCGGGGCAAGGUCACCAUUACUCUCGGCCGUGGUAGCACUAGCAAGGUUGUGAAGAGAGCUGCAGAUAUUCCAGAUGAUGAUUUUUUCGAUUCUCGACCUGUUUCUGGGAGCAAGCGGUCUGUAAGAGAUAGAUUAGGAAGUAAUGUAGAUAGUUCUUUGUUGCAUGCCAGCCAGGUCAAUAAUAAGCGUCAAAGAGGAGAUGGGUAUGGUGCUAAUGGAGUGGAUGACGUUCACAUUGGUAAAGAUGACCUUCGCUUAAAACUCAUGCGAAAAAAUGGUUUUAGACAAGCUCAGAGUGAUGAUAACCAGGACAUGGACCUCCGUGAAAAGCUGUCAAGAGUUGGCCGGCCUCUGCUUAAUAAUAGUUAUGAUACACAGAAGCGUAUGCCUGAGUUGAGGGAAAAUAGUAUCCUGGCGAGAUUUCCUUCUUCUAGGAAUGCUGAUGUUUUGCCUCAGAUGGACUCAUCAAGAAGUUCUUAUUCUCCUUGGACUUUGGAUCAUUUAAGACGAAGAUCCCCAGACAAAGUAAUGUGUGCUUCUCAGGGUUUAUCCCCUCCAAGGAAUGUUGAAGAGCUUCAGAGAAGGCCAAUAAAUAGGACAUAUGAUGAUGUGAGAGCAGUCAGAGCCGUUCCAUAUAUGAGCAAAGAUGUUCUUGAGGCUCCAAGGUCUGUGGGAGCAUCACCUUUUGUUACAAAGCCAACAAUGCCUAAUGCUCCCCUUAAGCCUGCACCACCUGGCCCACCACUUCUGAAUCAAAUUCUGCCUCCAAGCAGCAUUGUGCCAAAACCUCCAUACCCUGGUGAGGAACAGCAAACUGUUGAUGGAUUUUUGCAUUUGCUUGGGCUGGAAAAAUAUGCCCAUAAGUUUAACUCUGAGGAAGUGGAUAUGACUGCAUUGAGACAGAUGGGGGAGAAUGACCUCAAAGAACUUGGGAUACCUAUGGGUCCAAGGAAAAAGAUUCUUCUUGCUCUCUUGCCCCGUACCAAGCGGCCACAACCUUGAUGUUUGUAGUGGCAAAGCCAGAACAAAUUUGGAUCAUUAGUUUGAUGUCUAUGAUAGAGACAGAUAUUCGUGAAUCUUGUCAAAAAAGUAACACUUUUGUAUCUUCAAAUUGGAUAACAUUGGGUUAGAAAGUAACUAUGAUUAAUCCACAUUUUUGUGUCUAAAACUGGCUAAUUUUAGUAGGUAUCAGAAUAAUUUGUUGAUGCAGAAAGUGUUAAAAGUGAAUACCAUUUUU